GCAGUGAAGGCCCAGGUAUAAAAUGCACGGCCCGCCACUGACUGAUGACAUGCUUGUAGAAAGUAAAGUUUCAGAAAUGCCCGCAAUAGAAACAGUAACAUGUUUCACUGGUUAGCUAAUUAACUUAAAUGCGUUACUUACAGAGCUUUUGGCACAUGUUGGCACUUGACAACUACCAGUACUUUGUAAAUAUACUAAAUACAUAAACGGCUACAUUUGUAUUCCAGCGUAUUACAAAAUUACUGCCACCAUCAUUCGGUUACCUAGACGGUUGCCUUUCCGUUUGUACGAAAAACAGCUGAAUUAUCAAACGCCUGCAGUUUUCGACAGGCAAUAGGAAAGGACAGCCCUGCACCGCCGAAAGACCCCAGAGGGCCAAGAUGGCUGCGCCCGUGUCAAACACCGGGGAGUUUGAAAGCUGGCUAAAUGAUCGGCUAGACUCGCUAGAAGUGGACCGUGAGGUGUACGGGGUGUAUAUUUUAGGGGUCCUGCAAGAAGAGGAGAGUGACGAGGAGAAGGAAGACGCGCUUCAAGGAAUCCUAUCCGCAUUUCUGGAGGAGGACAACGCGGAAGAUGUCUGCAAACAGAUCAUCAAGCAGUGGACAGAUUGGCGCAACAGAUCAGCAGCCAAAAGUGACGAAGAUGCCGAGGUCCAGGCCAUCGCCAGCAUGAUCGAAAAACAAGCUCAGAUUGUGGUGAAGCACAAGGAGGUGUCGGAGGAGUCGAAGAAAAGGAAAGAAGCCGUCCUCGCUCAAUACGCCAACGUAACGGACGGAGAGGAUGAAGCUGAAGAAGAGGAGCCAACAACCUUCACUCCAAAUGAUAAAUCCCUGUUUAAGAACACAAACGUGGAGGAGGUGCUGAGCAGACAGAGGCAGAAGCGGGACCAGGCCCGCGACGACUCUCAGAAGAAGAAGGAAGGCGACAAGAUGCAGCGGGAGAAGGACAAGCUGGCCAAACAAGACCGCAAGGAGAAGGAGAAGAAGCGCACGCAGAAAGGGGAGCGCAAGAGAUAAGAGGAAGGACACUUUGUGCGUGGAAAAGGUUUUUUGUUGUGCGACAAAGAUGAAAUUGCCUCUUUUUUUUUUUUUUUUUUUUUAGCUGACAUUCAUCAGACCCUCUUGUGUUGAUUACUCUCUCUCUCUCUUAAUGUGUGUAAAGAACAAUGUACUGCUUAUUGUGCAGGUCCAAAGCUAACAGUGUUUAUAUGAUGACGUCGUGUGAAGCAUGCUUUGGCGAAGCUUUUGAUACAGUUAACCCUGAAAUGAUCAAAGUGUGCACUUGAAUUGGAUGGAUGAAGGUAGAAGCGGAGGAAUGCCCGUAGAGCGACCCCGGUCCAGUUUCCUCUGUUUCCUUCUGCACAAAUAAAGGCGAGGUCAUAAUUUUCACACUUUGGGUUUUACUUUUACCGUCUAUGCAUUUAUGUCUUGAGAAUAAAAACAAAGGAGCGGUCGCUAGAUUAUACCUCAAAUGUAUCAUGUUUGUCACGAGGGCCGUCUUUUGAAAUGAAUAAUAAAAAACGUUUUUCAG